UCGGUGAAGCAAAGCAAAGGUUAGGGGAAAAAAGGAGAGAGAAAAAAAACUUGUUCCAAAAUGGCGACGAAGAUCUGCCUGUCCAUUGGAAAACAAUAGAAAUAGCAAAGAGAGGCAGUUUGAUUGUUGGUUGUCGCAAUUACUUUUUUUGUUUUGCAGUCGACCUAACUGAUUCGGGGUCGGGUUGUGUGUGUUCUAUAUGGACUACUUGUGAGAAUUAUUUUGAAAGUAGUCUGGGUAUCAUGCUUUUGUUAUAGUUAGCAAGCUAUCAAGCUAGCUACAUCCGUAUCUUAUUGCAGUGUCUGCUAGCUAUCAAGUCACAUUACUGCGAUCUCCGCCGAGGAUCAGCUGUUAGCCAGGGAGAACAUAGGCAACAUUACUUUAGCUAGCUAGUUGCAACGUAACUACUUUUGUUAUUAGCGAGUUAACGUUCUUGGUGUUUUAUAUGUUGACGGUAAUCGGUAACUUGACGUUUUAUCCUGCCUGGUUAGCAGAAGUUAUAUUCUAGAUACAUUUACUAGUACUUACUAGUAUAAAAGAACUGAGCGUCACUUGCUUUAGCUAACUUUCACCAUGAGACAGGAGUGUUUGUUGUAGACAAAGUUAGCUUUAGCCAGCAAGCUAACCAGCUCCAUGAAGUUGGUGCCGCGACACAGUGCGGUGAUGGAGCGACUCCGCCGUCGAAUCGAGCUCUUCAGGAGGCAUCACACCAGCUGCGAGAACCGCUACGACAGCACAGCUAUGGAGCGGCUGGAGAUGGAACGGCAGCAGACCUUUGCACUGCACCAACGGUGCCUGCAAACCAAGGCCAAACGGUCGAGUAAGCACCGCCAGCCACAGCCAACCUCAGACCAGUCGGCGCAGAGAGGGUCAGGGACCGGGGGCAGCAACGCAGACCUAGCGGAGGGUGGAACGCCAGAGCAGAGCAGAAACAGCACUUUGAUUGCGUUGCAGGAGUCGGUGAAGAGGAAGCUGGAGAGCGCCAGCUCCCCUGUUCAAGUCAACGGCUUCAGCGAUGGCUACCCCCCAUCCAAGAAGUCCUGCCUGGACAAUGACCCAUCCAACGGCGGCAUCCCCACUCACUCGCCUCUGGACUCCAAGCACGGCAUCGGCGCUGACUCGCUCAUACCCAACGGGAUCCACCGGCCUGGUGGUGAGCCCGGUGGGGACUCCUCGGGGGAGCAGGAGUUCUUGCUCAAAGAGAUGAAGCAGGAGCCCAUGGAUGACAUCUUGCCCUGCAUGCUGCCGUCAGGGGGCGGAGCCAGCAACAGCCUCUUCCCUGACCUCAACCUCAACGAGCAGGAGUGGAUGGAGCUCAUGGAGGAGCUCAACCGCUCUGUGGCCUAUGAGGACAUCCAGGACAUCCUCAACGAUGGCUUCGAGGAUCGCAAGGACUCCCCUGAGCUGGCCGGACCCACCCCAGGGACAUGUGCACAGUCUGGGGGAGCAACGCAGGGAGGGGGAACCUCACAGGGAGGCCUCCUGCCUCCAGACCUGGCCAGCAUUAAGACUGAGUUCUCCCCGGCCUCCUCUGCUUUCGAGCAAGACUCUGGCACCGGCUCGCCGCAUGUUAGGCCAACGUCAUCGGGGCCGCCCAUGCAGCGCUCACCGGCAGCGGCUACCACCACUGCCUCCUCCCCGGCCCUGUCCCAACCCCUCAGCCAGCAGCCUCCCCCAUCCAGGCAACUCCCUCCCCAGAACCACCACCUCCCCCCGGGGCCCGUCUCCAAAGACCUGUCCCCUGCCCAGCAGCUCCAACAGCUAGCCGCACAUCAACAGAGAGCCCAGCAGAUGCAAUCCCAGCUUCAACAGCAGCAACACGCUCAGAAACCGCAGCAAAACCAAAAACAGCAACAACCGCAGCAAGCACCCAAAUUCCACACAACUGGAUCCCACCCUCAGUCUUGGCCCCCCCAGUCGGCCCCGUCUCGAAGCCCCCUAGGGGGCUCCUACGGCCUGGAGAAGCCCACCAGCCCCUCCCUAUACCCCCAGGACUUCCCCAACAAGCCCCAGCUGAUGAUACCUGUACAGCCCAACAAGGGCUCACCCAAAGCUGCAGCCGGCGGGUACCUGCAGCCCGGGGGCCCCCACCCCAACAUGCUUGGCCACCCUGUCGCAGGACCAGGUGCCCUGCUCAGCCACCCUGCAGCAGCAGGCCCUGGGGGCCCGGGCUCUGCCAUGCUCAACUACAGCAACACCAAGCCCCUGUCCCACUACGAGGCGGCGACCCAGGGGCCACCACGGGGCCCGCCUAGUGCCCAGAGCCAGAACAAGGCGGUGAUGCUAUCGCUUCUCAGGCAGCAGCAGCAGAUGAAGCAGAAGCAAGGCCUGCCCUUCAGACCACACCUACCCCACGGCCAGCAGGAGCAGAACCCGUACCCCACCACAACACACGGAACCGGCAACGCCAUGGCGCCCCAGCCGGGGGGGCCCGGUAACGGCCUGGCAAGUAACCAUGGUAACGCAGCCUACCUGUCGGGGCAGGCAGCGGUGGCGGCGGCGCUGAAGCAGCAGCAGCAACAGCAGCAGCUGAUGGAGCAGCAGAAACAGUUUCUACUGGGCCAGAGGCAGCAGCAGAUCAUGGCCCAACAGGAGAAGCAGCGUCUGCAGCAGGAGCAGCAGCUCCAGAGGCACCUGACCCGGCCCCCUCCCCAGUACCAGGACCAACAGAACCAGCAACCUGGAGCACAGAAUCCCUUCCAGCAGCAGCAGGUCGCCCAGUUUAUAGGCUCUUCUCAGCCAAUGGUCAACGUUGGCUCGCUGGGGGGCCCCGCCCCCGUAGCUCAGCGAAUGUUCCCCCAGACACAACAAGGCAUGAUGGGCAUGACCAUGGGCCAACAGGGAGGUGGUGGCCCCACACCUGGUGCCCUCCCUGCUGCCAGCCAGGCCGACAUGAGCCUCUCCUCUUGCGGGGGCGUUAUGGACUCUGCCUUACAGCAGCAGGUACUCUACAGUAACAUGAACAUGCACCCCUCCCAGCAAAGUUCAAUGCAGAGGCAGCCCGUAGGCAACAUGGGCGCCCCCUACAGACAGAACAUGCUAGCCCAGCAGCAGCACCUCAAAAACCAACCCAACGCCGCCCUGCUGAAACAGCAGCAGCAGUUAGCCAGACUACCCGGCUCCAUGCCCAGUGGAAACAUGCCCAACACCAUGCAGAGUGCCCAGAGCCAAGCCUGGCAGCAGCACCAGGUCAUGCAGCAAGCCAUGGGUGCCCAGCAAACUCCUUCCAGCAAUGGCGGUCUCCCGCCCAAUUCCUUUGUCAACUCCAACGCCUUCCACAUGCAGCAGCAGACCCGCAUGCCCAACAAGAUGCCUGUUGGCAACACCCCCUUCGGCGCCAAUGCCAACGGCAGGCCCAUGGCCGCCAUGAACCCUGCCCAGCAACAGAUGAUGCAGCAGGCCCAGCAAAGGACUGCAGCCAACCCCCAAGUUUCCCUUGAGCAGCCCUUAGGGCAAGUCUUACCCAAUCAGCAACAGACUCAGCAACAGCAGGGUUCCCAAGGCCAAGGGGUGUUACCGGACCUGGGGGCCUUCAGUCAGCCGCAGGGGGGGCGUUCGGUCAGCCAGGGGCUCCAGUGCAGCCAGCAGGGCUACCAGAUCAACAGAACUGCCAACCAACAGCAGCAGCAGUUGCCGUUUGGCUACAACACUGGAUCAGGGGCUAGCAGUCUGCCCAGCUUCCCUGGGGAGGGUGACCUGGUGGAUUCUCUGCUGAAAGGACAGAGCACGCAGGAGUGGAUGGAUGAUCUGGAUGAGAUCGUUCACCUUUUCCGAUCAGUAGAUUAAGACUGAAAGGACAAAGAGCCACUUCAGACAAUUGGGACUUCAGACGAUGAGUUGAGAGUGAAAGUUGGUGUAUUAGUUCCAAGCCAAUUGCCAAUGAAAUGCAGGAACAGCGAGGGUUAGUAAUGGAAUUCUGUUACUGUUCUGACAAUGCUAGGAGACUGUAAUUCUCAGUAUUUUGUGUACUGUGAAUAUACAGUACACAAGGCGUAUAUAAUGUUAAGAGAAUUAGUGAUGGUGCGCAGGGCCAAAACCCGUGUGAUUCCUAUUGGAGUAUAUAUUUUUUUUUUCUUCCCAGGACUCGAAGACGUAUAGAGUACUCUACUACUACUACUACUACUACUACUGAACCUGUGGCUCAGUACUAAACCACUGAAUCAAGGGUGAACCGAAUGCUCCACACAUACACACACAGCCUCUUCUGCUUUGUUUGAAGUUGCAGCCUUCAAUGCAAAUAUAUGCUCGGUGUAGCAGAGGUGAGCUAGUAAUACAUUCCCCCCUAUGUAAAAGGUUUGUGGUAAUACACAAGAGUUUUUGUUCACGGUCUGCUCAUAAGUAGACCUGUGCCAUUUCUCCUCUACUCUCAAACCAAUGACUAGGUGAGCUAAAGAAACUCAACUGUGGUGGCCAUAUUUGUUUGGUUAGCCAGUGUCCGUUUGUUGCUAAGUGGGGACCCAUAUGUUGAACUGUCUGAAGUCUUUGAUUUGGAGACCAGACUGUUUCUCCGUUUUAGAGUUGUGCAAUUACCCCCAAUGUAGGUAGGUUUCAAAUGUAAAGUGACAAAUGGGGACCUUGUCCCCACAUCUCACACAUACACUUUUGAGUGAUUCUUGUAUCAUGUUUCUAAAAUGGUCUCCCUUUAGGUUCCUUACCAUGUUUGACCAGUUUACACACUAAAAUCACUGUCUUUAUUAAACAUCCAGCCCACUGUAAUUUCAAUAACCAAGCUAAAAGAGAAGAUAAUGUACAGAUUUGUCUUUAGUCAUGCAGCUUUUAUUUUAUGUUAGUGGAAAUGAUUGCCUUAAGACACAUUGCAGCCAUUAUUUUUUGCCAUAACCUUGAAUGACAAUACAGCCUACAGAGUUGGGAUAUUAGAUUUUUUUAAAUUCCAUCCUUGUUUGUGUCAGGGGAUACUUGUAAAUUUGUAUAUUUGUUUUGUAUGCAUUUCCUAUUGUUUUUGCCGAAGAUAUAGCUUAUUUUUAUAUGUAUAUUGCAGCUGAUUUUUGUAAGUAUUUUAUACUUUUAAUAUGGUUCUCUGUAAAACAAGAGUAUUAUGUGAAUAUAGUUCUUUAGAAACGGACUCUGCGUUUUGUAUUUUUGUGCAUGCUUGAAUUCUAACUAGCUAGCAUUACAGUAUUAAUAUUAGGUGCCAACGUAAGUAAAAUCCUGUCCAA